AUGAAGGCUACAUCCUUUGUUGUAUCUCUGUAUGUCUCACUUUCGUACGUCGUAGCGAUACACAUGCGCUUUGGAAGUAUAGGAGCCUUAAAGACUCGCAGAGAUGACCCUAGUGUAAUCAAGUCUCGAGUACGACGUGUCACCUGUAUUUCCGCUCUGAACUUAAUCUUGGUUCCAUUUUUCAUCUCUCUGUCCGGUUACACCUCUUUCAAAGACGCCUUUUGGUCCUUGGGUCUCAUACCGGGCGGAUAUUACGACGUGAACGGCUCCAAACUCACUUUUGAUUUUCGGGGAUACCUGCACGGCAUUUUGCAGGUGCUGGGAUUAGCAUGUAUCCUAUAUUGCGGCCCAUUGCUGGACAAUUGUGUCUACUACCUGGUCGUCCCGGGCGAAAACUUUCGAUCACUCUUGCAGGACUUGAAAAAUGAAAUAUUUACUAUUUGGGGGUUCCGGAACUACGUGUUUGGACCAUUGAGUGAAGAGCUAUUCUUCACCUCGUUUCUAGUGAACUGCAUUCUAUUGAUGCAGCCUUACUCUGCAACGCUCAAAUCCGUGCUUUGGAUCUCUCCGCUUUUUUUCGGUCUUGCGCACGUCCACCACGGAUGGGAAAUGCACUCGAUUGGGCUCUACUCACCAGCGCAAAUAUUCGCAACGGUCUUGCUGCAGUUUACAUAUACGACAAUUUUCGGAGCAUUCACCAACUUUGUUUUUCUCCGAUCAGGACGCAACUUCUGGGCGUGUGUUUUACUGCAUACAUUUGCUAAUUACAUGGGCUUACCACAAGGCUCGGAACUUGCCGUAUGGUUGGAGUCGAAUCACAAAAGGGUCGCACUGCGUUCGUUUUUGGGAUCGAUUUUCAAAUAUGGCUACGUUGCGCUUCUAGUAUUGGGUAUGGUGGGUUUCAAGGACAAUAUAAACACUCUCGCUAGCAGUAGGUAUGCCAUAGAGAUCUGA